CUUUUUUCCCCUUUGGAAAGGAGAGAGAGAGAGGGGCAGUGCGAGCAGUUCCACCCCGAACUUUUUGAUUUUUCUGUUGUUAUUUAUUUUUAUCACAAUGUUACGGAAAACUGUACAAGAUAACAUUCCUCGACACAUUGUAUUUAUACAAACGGUGACUAGACCUACCGUACGUACAUUACACCGAGCAGCACUUGCGAAAAGACCAGCAACAGCAACAGCAGGACGAAGUGUGCAUUUAAAAAAUGUAAUGCCAUCAGUACGGCAAGCACGAUUCCAAUCAACGUCGUCUGCAACCGCCACGUCUUCUCCUUCUUCUUCUACUACUACUACUGCUACUGCUGCUUCUGCUUCAGAACCAACCAAAAAAUCACUCAUGUCUCCUUUGGCGCGAUACGACGCAUUAACCUCGUCAGGUGGUCCUGUGCGGGCCGAUAAACAUCAACGGGUUAUUGUCCAACAAUUGGAUCAGCUUUGGCACGAAUUACAACAUUACACACCACCUGCAUUCAAAGCUGCACCGGCUGCUGCCCAGGACGAGGCAUACGAGAACGCAGAUGACGAAAACCUGUUCCGAUCCUUUGCCAAAUGGCUUCAUAAGAAGAAACCGGCUCCUGUCAAGCACGAGGCACCCACGGAUAUGCCCAAGUCAUUGUACGUUUAUGGAACGGUGGGCACGGGCAAGACAAUGGUCAUGGACCUCUUUUACGAUACGCUUCCGAUCCAACGCAAACGACGCGUGCAUUUCCACGCGUUUAUGCUCGACCUCCAUGCCCGGAUCCACGCUGUGAAAACGUCGCAGCCGCACUUGCCCAAUCCACUCGGUCCCAUUGCGGACGAUCUUGUCAAAGGCGCCUACGUGCUCUGUUUCGACGAGUUCCAGGUGACAGAUAUUGCAGAUGCAAUGAUCCUGCGCAAACUCUUCACCGAGCUCUUUGAACGCGGCGUUGUUCUUGUCACGACCUCGAACCGACACCCAACCGAACUGUACCAGAACGGCAUCCAGCGACAGUCGUUCUUGCCCUGCAUUGACUUGUUGAUGAAGCAAUGUCACGUCUUGAGUUUGAAUUCAGGCACCGACUAUCGCCAAAUCGAGCGCGAGAUGAUGCAAACGUACUUUUACCCCUUGAAUCAAGACACGUCUGACAAGAUCGAGGCAUUGACGCGGCAACUUACGCACAACAAGCCCAUGAAACCGAUGGCGCUCCAUUUUUUGGAACGCACUCUGACCAUUCCGGCGCAAGUCGACGGUGUCGCCAAAGUGAGCUUUGCUGACAUGUGUGAUAAGCCAUUGAGCGCCGCGGACUACUUGCAGAUCGUUCAGCACUUCCACACAGUGGUCCUGACGGAUAUCCCCUGUAUGACCAUGAAGCAUCGUGCGAUGGCGCGUCGGUUUAUUACUUUUAUUGACGCCAUGUACGAGUCGCAUGUCACUCUGAUUGCUAGCGCAGAGAGUAGCUUUGUGAACAUAUUUAAUGCGUCUGAAGGAGUCGGCGAGAUGGAUGACGAGAUGCGGAAGAUGAUGGAUGAACUGGAUAUGACGGAUAUCGAAUCGCCGCUAUUUUCUGGCCAGGAAGAGGCAUUUGCGUUCCAGCGUGCGUUGUCUCGUUUGGUGCAGAUGCAGAGCAAAGAAUGGGUUGAACAGAACUUGCAUUGAUGACGAUGAUGAUGAUGUACAUAAGUAUUGAUGAUGUUUCAUCUAGAGAAGUUAUAUAUAUAUAUAUUUACGCACACAUACUAUAAAUAGCCAGUUUUGUAUAGAUA